UUGAAGCACUCUGUAGAAUGUGUGUAGGGGUUAGAUGAGAGGCUGGGAACAUGCCUGUCUUUUGCUUCCAGAAUACCUGUACCACCCUCUCCCCCCACCCUCUGGAGUUGAAGCUUCAUUUUAUCAACGGGAUUGGCUGAGGAACUGCCCCAGAGAUUAGUAAGAACACUCUGUCUGGGUGGCCAUAGAGGUGUGAACUUGGGGACUAUAUCUGGUUCCUAGCUCCUUCUCUUUAGGCCAUUCCCUUGCUCUGCUUCCCAGCCACCAUGAACCAAGCAGCUUUGUUUCACCAGCUGAUCUGCCAUGAUGUUUCUCAUUUGGAGCCAGCCAACCAUGGACUGAAAUCUGACACCAUGAGCCAAAAAAGCCUCUCCUCCUCUGAGUCAUUGGAUCCUGGGUAUUACAUCCCAGUGAUGGUAAAGCUGACAGAUACAUCCUCUACCCACACCCCACCUGAGCCAAGCAUGCAGAGGACCCUGGGUGGAUCCUGCUUCUUUAAUACCAAGUUUGAGCCUCUGGAAACCAAGUGCCAACCACGUUGCUGCCCCAGCUGCACUGCUGCAGCAGAACUGGGAACCAAGACGUGUCACCCAACGUUGAGGAAGUCUGGACAACUCAGGACUCUUUCCCCAUCUUCAAAUCUCUUCCGUCAUCACAUCCACAGUGUCCCUGUUGACCACCAGCACCAACGAUGGGUUCUGAGAAGAAGAGGGAGGAGGUGCGACCUGAUUUCCAAACGGCUGUUGCAGGAUGAUCAUCUGCAACCAUGGGGCAUAAGCAAAUCUCCAGCUGUGGCCAUAUCUUUGGAAAAUCACCUACGAUUCCAGGCACGACGAAUUCUCUUCUGCACUCUAGCACACACGGGUGGUGGUGAGGACCCUGGCUCUCUCGAGCUGUUGAGCUCCCCUGCCCUUGACACUGGGCCAAAGGUGGAGUGGGGGCUCUGUGCCAGCCCAGCGCUCACCUGGCUAGAAAGACUCCAUAUGACCUGGCUUUAAAACAGUGUCACUUUGUCAUUUGCAAUCCACAUGACUUUCUCUUGGGAUCUCUUUUUUCAUUCCAGAGGUAAGAAAAUCCUCUGAACCCAGUUUGCUUGUUUGUGGAAGGCAGGCAUUGACAGUAUCCUCCUCCCAGGUUGGUUUGGAAGAAUUCACUACUGUCCACAAAGAACCUCACACCCUGUGCAGGCAGCUGUUGAACAACCCGGGCAUGUUGCUGUCUUCCACCCUCACAUGAGAACACGGUUACUAGAUCACAGCUCACCUUUUGCUUUUCCUAGAGGAACCCACUUUCUGGCUCCAGCUGGAUACUGUGCUGUCUCCUCACCCUUGUCUGGUUUUCCCCGGAUCCCCUCUGGGCACCUCUAUAGCCUGGCUGGUUGUGGGGUUGGGUGGGUGGCCACCGUGCCACGUCUCCCCUCCUCUGACUGCAGGCAGGUGACCCUCCUGCCUAAGCCAGCACCCUGAAUCAUCAGCCCUCUGUUUCCUUCACAUCUGCCGUGUGGUUCUCAGCUGCUGCCCAGACUUUGUCUCCACAGAACAGCACAGAUUGUGCAGCACAAGGUGGGACCCUUGGGCUGGCCCUGCACUGAGGGGCCAUGAGACCUGUCCAUCAAGCCUCGGAGUCCUCCCUCUCCAUCGAGUUUUCCAUUACCAUGAGAAAUGGCCAUCAGCUGCU